AUGGAAGAUUCAUUGGACAUGGACAUGAGCCCCUUGAGGCUCCAGAACUAUCUUUUCGGUUGUGAAGUAAAAGCUGACAAAGAUUACCACUUUAAGGUGGAUAAUGAUGAAAAUGAGCACCAGUUAUCUUUAAGAACGGUCAGUUUGGGAGCUGGUGCAAAGGAUAAAUUGCACAUUGUUGAAGCAGAGGCAAUGAAUUAUGAAGGGGGUCCAAUUAAAGUCACACUGGCAACUUUGAAGAUGUCUGUACAGCCAACAGUGUCCCUUGGGGGCUUUGAAAUAACACCACCUGUAGUCUUACAGUUGAAAUGUGGUUCGGGGCCUGUGCAUAUUAGUGGACAGCACUUAGUAGCUGUGGAGGAAGAUGCAGAGUCAAAAGAUGAAAAAGAAGAGGAUAUGAAACUCCUUAGUAUAUCUGGAAAGCAUUCUGCCCCUGGAAGUGGUAGCAUGUUUCCACAGAAAAAAGUAAAACUUGCUGCUAAUGAAGAUGAUGAUGACGACGACGACGACGACGAUGAUGAUGAUUUUGAUGAAUAUAAA